CUUUCAACUUUGACGUCAAGUGUUUCCUUGCAAUAUAAACACGCAUAAAAAGGCAAGUAAUAUUAGUACGAUUCAUGAAUCGUAGCUAUUGCAGUUUUUUUUUUUUCUAAUUUGUCUUUUAAUUGUUUAAAACAUCCUUAAUAGCUAUGGUUUAAUAUAAACACACACAAAAAGGCAGGUAAUAUUAUUACAAUUUAUCAAUUUUAGCUAAUUUAGUUUUUCUACGUUAUCUUUUAAUUGUUUAAAUCAUCUCUAAUAGCUAGGGUUUUUAUAGUUUUGUGAAUGAAUAAAGUUUGAAUUUUUCAUGCACUUGUUGAAUCAGCUAAGUCAAGUAAUCUUGUAUAGUUGCUUGUUUUUGUGCGUAUGAGUAUGUAUGAAUCAGAAUAUGUGUGUAUUUCUGUUCUUGUAUUUUUCUCUCAGCCAACAAAUAUAGAAUCAAGGCUCCAAUGUAUAUCUGUGAAUGAUAUUUGGCUAAAGUCAUUGCAGUAGAUAUAACGAGAUUGUUACCAGAAAUAUGUGAUAGCCUAAUGUUGGUUUUACCUGGUUGGGGGUGCUACCAAUCUCGAUAACAAGUUUGCCACGUUGUCAGUCCUCGAUGCUUGAAUAUCACAACUUUCAAAGAUUUAUUGGUUAGUUGAUAUACAAAGUGAUCAUCUUGUGUAGUUCUCUGUAUUGAAAAAGCGAUAAAAUAGUGGACUCAUGGAUUCAUCUGCAAUGGAGGAAAUCCCUGCAAUUCAGGAAACUUUGUUGGAAUUUUGCGCGGGUAAAAUGACUAUGGAGGGAAAAUGUGUCGUCCCUGAUUCACGUAAAGGAUUGGUUCACAUAGGAAGGGGUCAAGAGGGAUUAGUUCAUUUGCAGUGGCUUGAUCGGAUUCAUAAUGUUGUUGAAGAUGUUAAUCAAGCAUCUGGAAGGGUUUACAUUCUGAAGUUCCAUACCGAUGAUAGGAAGUUAUUCUUCUGGAUGCAGGUCAGCUCCACUGAUCACGUAUCUACCAUCAGGCAAUGUGGGAUUUGA